GGGGCAUAGGUAGCGCUACCACGGCAGCCACCGCCGCUGUCAUCGCAGCUUCUGCUUCCUUCAGCCUGGCUAAGAUGACUGUAGGAAGGUCUGCGGGAUCCCCCGACCGGGCAGAGUGGAGCAGUCAGAUAUUUCCCCCCAAAUCCUCUUCUGACACGGAGGCAGAAGACAAACUGUCUGGGGAUGGCCUGAUUUUACCCAGGGCUGGCAAACUCCAUGAGUUCCUCAGCCCUGAGGAGGAGACAGAUUCCACCUCUGACUCAACUGGAAGCUUUUAUGAGUCCUUACAGGUUCUAAAGCAGGGGGGCAAAUGGGGUCUGUUGGAGUCCCUCUUUCAGUCUGACCCAGGCAGUGAUAAGAACGUCUCUGAAGAUGAUGAGAACUUGGAGAGUUUCUUCCAAGACAAGGGCAGGGGGAAGUCACAGAUCCAGUGCCCUGGGUCCCAGAGGUGUGGCUCCACAAGGCGCUGCAGCUCCCUGAACAGCCUUCCCUCUGGCGGUCCCAAGGCUCUGGCCCAGCCAUCUACAGGCUCCGAGCCUCCUUCCCAGCACAGAAGUGUCAGCUCCUGGGCAUCAUCUAUCACCAUCCCUCAGCCAUUCCGCAUGACACUGCGGGAGGCCCGGAAGAAAGCCCAGUGGCUUGCCUCACCUGCCUCCUUUCAGCAGGACAGGCAGCAGGCCCAGAAGCAGGGCCAGGAGGAGGCUGAGUGCCACCGGCAGUUCCGGGCACAGCCUGUACCUGCACAUGUCUACUUACCCCUCUACCAGGAGAUCAUGGAGCGCAGUGAGGCCCGGAGACAGGCAGGGAUCCAGAAGAGGAAGGAACUGCUUCUCUCAACCUUAAGGCCCUUCAGCUUCCUGGAGAAGGAGGAGCAGCGAAAGGAAGCUGCUCGACAGAGAGACCUGGCUGCCACAGUAAAGUCCAAGGUCCCCCAAAAGAAGGCCACUAGAAGGAUCCCUAAGUCCAUUCUGGAACCAGCCCUUGGGGACAAACUCGAGGAAGCUGAGCUCUUUAGAAAAAUUCGCAUCCAGAUGAGGGCCCUGGACAUGCUCCGGAUGGCCUCCUCGCCUAUUGCCUCCUCUAGUAGCCGGGCUGAUUCACAGCCCCGAACAGCUGCCCGAACCCAGGAGAAAAAGCUUGGCUUUCUGCAGACUGACUUUGGAUUCCAACCUCGGGUAAAUCCUGUUGUCCCUGACUAUGAGGGUCUAUACCAAGCCUUCCAGAGAAGAGCUGCCAAGAGAAGAGAAACCCGGGAGGCAACUCACAACCAGCCCUUCUUGCUGAGGACUGCCAACCUGCGGCAUUCUCCGAGGUCCUGUGAUGCUGCCACUACUAGAGGAAGGAGGGGUUCCCCACAGCCACCAGCUACACCCCUGACAAGAAGUCAUUCUCUGAGUGGCCUUGCUUCCCUCUCUACCAACACUCUCCCUGUGCAUAUCACAGAUGCCACCAGGAAGAGGGAAUCUGCAGUCAGAAGUUCACUUGAAAAAAAGGAAAAAGCAGAUGAGAGUAUUCAGUGGUUGGAGAUGCACAAAAAGAAGUGUCAAGCGAUGUCUAAAUCUGUGACCUUGCGUGCAAAAGCCAUGGAUCCCCAUAAAAGCCUGGAGGAGGUGUUCAAAGCAAAGCUGAAAGAGAACCGGAACAAUGACCGUAAAAGAGCAAAAGAGUAUAAGAAAGAAUUGGAGGAAAUGAAGAAGAGAAUACAAACCAGACCCUAUCUCUUUGAACAAGUUACCAAGGACCUUGCCAGGAAAGAAGCAGAACAACGGUACCGAGACACCCUGAAGCAGGCUGGACUGGAGGAAGACUUUGUGAGGAACAAGAGUCGAGGCACCCGGGCUGUACAAUGGAAGGAGGAGGCUAAUGUCAGGCAUUCUCCCAGCAUCCAUGAAACUACAAACCUCAGCAUCAGUGAUCCACAGCAUGAUUUAGAAGGAUCUCUAGAAUAGCUUACAAGCCUGAAAAAAGAGUUGGAGAAGCUGUAUUAUGAAUCACCAGAUCAUCUGAAAUCACUGGCCUAAGUGCAUGUAACAUUACUGCCCCCCCCCCCACCCGCGGGGGCGGGGGUUACUGGGGAUUGAACUCAGGGGCACUCAACCACUGAGCCACAUCUCCAGCCCUAUUUUGUAUUUUAUUUAGAG